AUGCCUUCAAAUCAUGCAGAUGCGUCCCAAAGCUUCGAUCUACCACUCCGUGGUGGGGAUGGAUUGAGGCAAGAACAGAGCACUGCCAUCGAAGAUGCUCUUCGAAAAUACCGAAAUCGAGUGCUCGAGAUCAACAUGGCCAAACUAGAAACUGCCAUCUCAGACAUCGAAACCCGCGAAAUCAAAGCCAUGGAAUUCUGGCCCAAAACUCCCAAACUCGAUCCCGAAGAACUCCCUCAACGAAGAGUGGAAAGACUCGAGGGGGACUAUGGGGUUCGAUUGGAACAUCCCCAGGAUCCUAGUAUCACGUCUAUUCGAGAUUUCCUGAGUGAGGAUCGACGGGGCAAUCUCGUUAGGAGCUGUCGGUUGGACGGGGUAGUCCAUGGAGAAGUUGAUAUUGAGGCCCUUGAGGCGUGGAUCGAAAAGACCGAGGAACAGAUCCGAACAGCAGAAAGGACGGAAAUCCAUCUCGACGGUCUACCGGCCGAGUUGAAGUAUUUGAUGACUCUGAUCCGCGGAAUCUGCGGGAACGGACUUCCUGCAUAUCGAUACUCCGGCCAGCUGCGCCAGAUGAAAUUCAUCACCGAUAUCGAAGGCGAGGAAACGGAGGGAGAGGAACCCAGGAACUCGGGAUUCGUGACGGUGCCUAGGACGGACGAGGAAAUGAGCGAAGGCCAUCUUGGGGAUAUCCAGGGAUCAUGGGAUGACCAUGUGGUUGCGCUUGCAGCUGGGAUUGGCAAUGGCGGGUUCGCGGUAUAUUGUCGCAAGCAAGAAGACGCCGAUGGUGCAAUUGGGUGGAGAUGGAAGUAUGGGCUAUGGGAUCCUGAAUUCAAGACCGCUCUGUACGAUACCGUGGAGGAAUUUUUGGAAUUCUAUGCCGAUUUCGAUAAGGAGGGCGGAGACGAUCCCACCUAG